AUGUCUAGCAAGAGGAUCUUGGAUCGGCCCGCCGUUGGCAUUUUCCCGCGGUUUCCAGAUCUUCCUGUCGAGAUCCAAAGCUUAAUAUGGAAGCUCGCCAUGGCCGAAUCUAGCCUCCUAUGGGCUAACUGGCCCGGCCAUGAGAUGUCCCUUCUUGCACCCAUCUGCCCGAUACCAAAGCUCGGCGCAAAGGACCCUGUCGGCCUAAUUCCUUACAAUCUUCCAGCUGGGGUGCCCGGUACCUUGGAUAGCCACCCCCCUCCCAGUGGGCUGGCGGCGGGGACCGUAGAUUCUGGUUAUGACACAAGUUUGAGAAUCAUGAGCAUGACACAGAGGUCACAUUUCACUCGCACUGGUGACUCUUGGACGAGUUCAUUGAGAAAGAUGAUGAUACAACCAGAUGAGCCAUCAUCCAAUGCCAUCGGCGACCACGCGGCGUUGACUCUCCUCUCUGUGUGCCACUUGAGUCGUCAAGUUGUGCUGGCACGUCGGGCUACCGUCAGGACGAAACAGCAAGCCCCGGCAAAGCUAUCAGCCACCCUCGGCGAUGUUCCCCUCUUCUACCCAUCCUUUAAGGGUGGAUCACUCAGCGGGAAUAUCUUCAAAGAUCAGCAUAGCGGACGAAGCUGUUUCGUUUUCGUUCUGGGUUCCGAUCCGUCAAAGCCUUUGUUGGAAAAGCCACCUCUCGGAAAGGUCAAAAACGCACACCGGUACAGUCAUGUUGCCGCAAGAUUGGGGGAUAUUGAAAAGUGUGUACUUGGAAGUCGGCUAAGCUUCACACAAAUUCCGGAUGGCUUGGAUCGAGAUCGGUUCAAGGAUGCUGAAGACACAAUGUGGUGGAGACCGGAUCUGGGUUCCCGUGUGCGACGGCCGGAGGCGGGACAUCCGUUUUACAUUACCCCGGGGACGAUCCUCGCUCUUUACUCUGCAAUAUUGCAUCAGCUGGCGAGUCUCCAAGCCACAACAUGCAUAGGGGGGCACGCUCGAAACGACUGGUCUGUACGCCCCCAUGGACAGUGGUACUUCAGCCUUCUCGAGGAGGGAAAAUGUACUCACUGCUCUCAAGACUUGUUAUUGCCGUUUUGCGAGAGUUAUCCUGAGCUCGUCGAUGUUGAGGGCCACAUUGAUGUGAUGGUACUGCUGAAUCGACAUCGGUUCGAGCAGCCUGAGUAUACGCAGUCAGUGCGAUCUCAUGAAAUCGGAGAAUGA